AUGUUGCCUAUUAAUGUCUUUUUUUUAUCUUGGGUUUUUGCUUUACUGGCACUCUUCCGGCAGACACACGCUAUUUCCAUUAACAGCUCUACUUUUCAGGUUUCUAACUCUUUUACGCUGCUAAACAACGCAUCAAAACUAUUCUCAGUACCGUUCGAUGUAUCCACUAAGGAAUAUUUAAAGACUUCAGCACUGUUGACCUGUGUUAGAGACUCGCAGUUUUCUGCAUCGUAUUUUGAAGCUGCAUUCUUCCCAAAAAAUAGUACUAUUUUCUUUGACAUUGAAGCACAAACAAUUAUGAGUGAAAACAUAACCAUUAAGGCAGAAUUGAUUGCAUACGGUCUCAAUGUUUAUACCAAAGUUUUUGAUCUAUGUGGAAUACAAGAUAAUUUAUUAUGCCCGUUGAAGCCAGGGAAUAUAGAACUCAUAGGAAGCUAUUAUGUAGAAACAGCAGUAGCUAGCCAAAUUCCAAGUAUAGCAUAUAAUAUCCCUGAUUUGGACGCGUAUAUUGUGGUGUCAGCAUACUCCACUACCGAUAAAGAAUUCAUCAAACCUUUAGCAUGUGUUCAAGUGAUGCUAUCAAAUGGUAGAACAGUUCAAACAGAGUACUUGUCAUGGAAUCUAGUGAUUUUGACAAUUUUCGGAAUUAUGUUUUCAGUUGUUUAUUCUUUGCAAGGUUACACAGUUACUUCGACACGCCUGGCGUCAUAUUCAAUCUCAUUGGUUUUAUAUUUCCAAAAUUUGGCUAUCCUAGCAAUGAUUAGUGUAUCAUUUUUGCCGCCUAUUGUCGCUGCAUGGACUCAAAAUUUCCAAUGGUCAACGGGAAUAAUAAAGAUAAAUUUUAUGCAGCACUUAUUUGACUGGUAUAUUGUCGCCACAUCCGGGUCCCCCACUGUUGUAUAUCACAAUAAAGAAGUUCUAUCGAUCAGCGUUCAAAAAAGAUCCUUGAACAGUAAAAUCAUAUCCGCAUCAAGUAAUUUAAAUGGUGUUGAAAGCUCUCAAAGGGAUAAUUUAUUGUACACUUCAAAUCUAAGAAAUGCCAAUGACUACUUAUCAAAAAUCUUAGUACUAAGGGGUAUCAAAAGGGUGUCUUACAAGGCUGGAAUUGAAAUAUCGAAUUUCUUCUUGACGGGAUUCUCCUUCUUUAUUGUCUUUAUUGGUAUGGUAAUAUUAGGGUUUAUCAUUUUUAAAACAUCUUUGAAAGUAAUUCAGAGGUUUAAAAUUAAGACGACCAGAUAUUUACACUUCCAUAUACAUUGGAGCGCACUUUUACAGGGAACAUUAUAUCGAGUGGUAUUCAUAAUAUAUUCCGAGAUAUCUCUUUUAGCACUUUGGGAGUUCACUCAAAAAGACUCAGCAGCUACCUUAGUGGAAGCAAUUGUUGUUUUCAUUUUGAUGACAGUCUUGUUAUUAUCUGCAAGCGUUAGAAUAUGGAGACAGAUGGUCAAGUCUGAGAAAAUUUUUGGCCAACCAAGCUAUUUACUUUUCAGUGACUCAAAAUUUCUAAACAAGUUUGGCUUUCUUUACUCUCAAUUUAAGUCUACAAAGGUAUGGUGGUUAAUGAUUACAUCCGCAUACAUGCUUAUUAGGUCCAUCCUAGUGGGAGCUCUACAAACGCACGGAAAAUCUCAAUCAAUUGGUGUCUUUUUAAAUGAAGCGAUCUAUCUCAUCCUUUUGUGCUGGAUGCAACCUUAUAUGGACAAAACAACCAACUGCUUCAAUAUUAGUAUCCAUUCACUGAAUUUAAUGAAUGCCUUUUUUUUCUUAUUUUUUAGUAACUUAUUUCAACAGCCCAUUGCUGUUUCUUCUUUCAUGGGACUAAUUUUCUUUUUUCUGAAUGCUGCGUUUUCCUUGUAUCUAUUUAUUUUCAUAUUGGUGUGCUUUGCGAUGGCGAUAUAUUACAAGCACCCUGAUACGAGGUACAAACCCAUUGAUGACCAAAGACGAUCGUUCUUGAAAAAUGAAAUGGAUGAUGAUGCAGUUUAUGAAUUAGUGCCAGAACUGCACGAAAUGAAGAAGGCUGUUCUCGAAUGCAACGGCAUUCAAAGGCCGCAAAUUAAUAAGAUUGAUCUUUGUAAACAAAAUUCAAACUGUGAAUAUCUGUAUAUGUGA